AUGAGGAUCAUGGAAUUCACAAUUAUGAAGGUGAUGGAAUUCAUAUUCAAAAAGGUCGAAGAUUUCUUAAUCACAAAGGUCCGGAAAUUCAUAUACACAAAGGUCCUGGAAUUCAUCUACGCAAAGGUCCGGGAAUUCAUCUACACAAAGGUCCGGGAAUUCAUAUACACAAAGGUCCGGGAAUUCAUCUACGCAAAGGUCCGGGAAUUCAUCUACGCAAAGGUCCAGGACUUCAUCUACACAAAGGUCCGGGAAAUCAUCUACACAAAGGUCCGGGAAUUCAUCCACACAAAGGUCCGGGAAUUCAUCUACGCAAAGGUCCUGGAAUACCCGGAUGAAGAUGAUGAAAAUGAUCCCAGCGAGUGGGUGAGCCGCUUCAGCCCCUACAAGUGGAAGGGGGAGGAGUCCGACGAUGACGAGGAGGCCCCGCCCACUUCCUCCGAACACCCGCUAGUGGGACUAAACCCACUCGCUGGGAUCAUUUUCAUCAUCUUCAUCCGGGUAUUCCAGGACCUUUGCGUAGAUGAAUUCCCGGACCUUUGUGUGGAUGAAUUCCCGGACCUUUGUGUAGAUGAUUUUCCGGACCUUUGCGUAGAUGAAUUCCCGGACCUUUGGGUAGAUGAAUUCCCGGACCUUUGCGUAGAUGAAUUCCCGGACCUUUGUGUAUAUGAAUUCCCGGACCUUUGUGUAGAUGAAUUCCCGGACCUUUGCGUAGAUAAAUUCCCGGACCUUUUUUUAUGGACAACUUUCGACUCUUUGAGACCGCCAGAACACCCGAGGCUACGCACUCUGCCCGGCCGGGCGGAAGUGCUCGCAGGCGGCGUCGGGAUGGUGAGCCGCUUCAGCCCUUACAGGUGGAAGGGGGAGGAGUCCGACGAUGUCGAGGAGGCCCCGCCCACUUCCUCAGAACACCCCCUAGUGGGACUAAACCCACUCGCUGGGAUCAUUUUCAUCAUCUUCAUCCGGGUAUUCCUGGACCUUUGUGUAUAUGAAUUCCCGGACCUUUGUGUAGAUGAAUUCCCGGACCUUUGCGUAUAUGAAUUCCCGGACCUUUGUGUAGAUGAAUUCCUGGACCUUUGUGUAGAUGAAUUCCUGGACCUUUGUGUAGAUGAAUUCCCGGACCUUUGCGUAUAUGAAUUCCCGGACCUUUGUGUAGAUGAAUUCCCGGACCUUUACAGUUUUAUGGACAACUUUCGACUCUUUGAGACCGCCAGGACACCCGAGGCUGCGCACUCUGCCCGGCCGGGCGGAAGUGCUCGCAGGCGGCGUCGGGAU